AUGGGCUCUACAGACAAGUCCCAGGACGAGAUAACCAUCCUGGUAACGGGUUUCGGUCCGUUCAAGGACCAGUACCCUCGAAAUCCAAGCUGGGACAUCGCCUCCUCGCUACCCGAAUACCUUCCUCCCCUCAAUGCCAAAUCCUCGACCGCCGUUCGAGGCGCGUCUCUGCCCCUGCCACCGGUCCGAAUCGUGGUCCAUCCCGAGCCAGUGCGAGUCACGUACUCGGCCGUCCGGCAUCUAAUACCGAACUUGUGGCAACCUCACUUUGAAGGCGUGCACAAGAUCGACUACGUCCUACACAUCGGUAUGGCAUCCACCAAGAAGCAGUAUGUGCUGGAAAGGCUCGGCCACAGGGACGACUACAAACUGCUGGAUCUGGAUGAAAAGCUGCCCAACCAGAAUCCUUCCUCUGACGACUACCCCUGGCACGGGAUACCUGCUCAGUUGACGACAGACCUUGACGUGGCAGACAUCAAGAGGAGAUGGGAAUCGUACCUCCCGACCAACCUCACUCUCAAGUCCUCAGACGAUGCCGGCCAUUUUCUCUGUGACUACAUUUACUUCAACAGUCUUGCCACUUGCCACCGGGCCGAGGAGCGGAAAAGAGUCUUGUUCAUGCAUGUCCCGGCCGUGAGACCAGAGCCCGCAGAUCUGUACAACGAGUCUAUCGACUUGGGCCGGGAGAUUGCCAUACAGCUCUUGCGAUCGAUGGUUGAGAGCGAGCUCAGUGCUUCGGGGGCAGGCGCGGAGGUUGAGCUAUGA